CCGAGCCGAGCCGAGCGGCACCAUGCUGGGCAUGAUCAAGAACUCCCUGCUGAGCACGGUGGAGACAUGGCCCUACGAGGUGCUGAGCAAGGGGGAGAAGGAACAGCUGAGCUACGAGGAGAGGACGUGCAAGGGUGGGUGGUUCGCAGCGGUGGAGGUGGUGGGGAAGCCGUUUGACGAAGCCUCGAAGGAAGGGGUGCUCAAGAUCCUCAAGUACGUGGGGGGAACCAACGACAAAGGGGUUGGAAUGGGCAUGACUGCUCCUGUCUCCUUUGCUGAAGAUGGUUCCUUACAGCAGAAAGUGAAGGUCUCUCUGCGGAUCCCAAGCCAGUUUCAAGCCAACCCUCCUUGUCCUAAUGAUGAAAGCAUUAAGAUUGAAGAGAGGCAGGGGAUGACCAUUUAUUCCACGCAAUUUGGUGGCUAUGCCAAAGAGGUGGAUUAUGUGAACUAUGCUGCCAAGCUGAAGUCUGCUCUGGGGAGUGAAGCUGCAUACCGCAAGGAUUUCUACUUCUGCAAUGGUUAUGACCCCCCUAUGAAGCCUUAUGGUCGGCGCAAUGAGGUCUGGUUUCUGAAAGAGUGAGCAUCUGGCUCCCAGUGAUGCUGGCUCGCGCUGAUAAUCUCCUCACUAUGUCCCUCUCCUCUUCAAAAUAAACUAACAAUUUGGCAGAUGCAGAAGACUAUCCUUUCCUCCCUCUACACCUAUGCCUUGGUCUUUCAUGGACCAACCAUUUCAGAAGAACACUGC